CAAGACAUCCCACCUUGGAAGCAGCUUGCAGCCUUCCGGCCCUCCACUGAAGACAUUCUGAAGCUGAGCACGGCACCAUGAAUGCCUCCUGUGGUCCCCACAACAGCUCACCUGUCGAAGAGGCUAUGCGUCACAUUGCCAUAGUGACCAACGUGAUCAUCCUGGUCCUGGGUGUUUCCGGCAACGGGCUGGUGAUGUGGGUUGUCGCCAAGCGGGAGAAGCGCAACACCUUCACCUCCAUCUGCUACCUCAACCUGGCUGUGGCAGACUUCCUCUUCUCUCUUGGCCGUAUCCCGGCCCUAGUACAGGAGAUCAUGUACACCUGCUGGCCCUUUGGCCUCGUCCUGUGCAAGCUUCACACCUUUGCCCGCUACCUCACUGUCUUCACCAGUGUCUUCAUCCUCACUGUCAUCAGUGUGUACCGCUGCUUGUUGAUCACACGGCCCGUCUGGGCCCGAAAUCACCACGGGCCACGCUAUCAAGCCCUGAUGUGCACUGGGGCAUGGAUCCUAGCCUUGGCCUUCAGCAUGCCCUACCUGGUGUUUCGCCAUACUGAAGAAAGAAAUGGAGCAACCUACUGUACCUACAGGAAAGGUCUCCGGGGGUCCACAGAGCUGCCCCUGAGGCUCAGCAGGUUCCUGGGAGGGUUCCUCAUACCCUUCAUCGUCAUUUUUUCAUCCUACCUGGUCAUGAUUUGCAAGCUUCACAGGCGGCGCUGGCAGGGCUCCCACCGGACCUUCGCUCUGGUGGCCAUCAUUGUGGUGCUCUUCUUCAUCUGUUGGCUGCCCCACCACAUCUUCGUGCUGCUCAGCACCAUCUCCAGUGAAAAGGACUCCUGGGGGAUUGGGCUCAAGCUGACCAAUGCCUUGGCAUACCUUCACAGCUGCAUCAACCCUCUGCUGUAUUGCUUUGUAGGCUACAUCCGGACCCGGGGCCUGCACCGCCGCGCUUCCUUCCUGGGGCUCUUCCGAAAGGCACUAACUGAGGAGGAUGAGGAGUACACUGGAGCAGAAACAUCUCGGAGCCUUAGUCAGAAGACUUAAGGGCUGGAUUUCUCAAAGCGUUGACCUAAUCAGCAAGAGCCCUGGCCACAUCGCACUUCCAAAAAAGAUGGAAGCUGUAAUAGUUGUAGCUAGAGAAUCGGUCACCUUAAUGCUUGACUUUAAUUCUGGUUCUGUGACCUUGUUCAUGCCCAGUGUCAUUACUCCAGGCCUUGAGAUGCCUUCAAGAAAGGUCUCCUCCUCAGGGGCCUUGCUUUCUCCCAUUGCCCGCUCGCUCACACUCAGUUUCUGGGCCCUAGAGAGACCACUUGCCCAGAGAGGGAGGGCAGGUGUGUAAAGCAAGCAAAAAUAGCUGCUGCUGCUCCUUCUGUUUGCUUUUGGCACUCGUGCACUUCCACAGCAAGUGGGGCUUUGGCGGGAUGUUGGAGGUCAGCAACCAGCCCCCUGCCAAGGUAUGCACCCUGGCAAGUCCCCAACCAGACCAACCCCUGAUGGCACCCUAACAGCAAAGUGACUUUUGAUCACUUAGGUAUUAUAACACCCUUCAAGACUCAUGCCUUGAGGGUGCACCUCUAUACCUGUUUAGAGACAAAAACGCUUACAACUCCCAGCAUGCCCCUGCCAGCCAGAAUCUCUGCUCAGUAAAGGCCAUCCUCCUUGAGGAGACUGAUGGUCAAGUUGGUCCUGCAAUGUGAUGGCCUCCAUUGUGGUGCGAGCAGUCUGGCCCGCAGUUCAGACAAUUGCUGAGCGGCUGGACCCCCUUUCUUAACACCUGCAACUUCCCACUCAAAAGCCCAAGGUGAUUGAGACCAUCCGAGGAAUGAAGGGUCUGUUCUCAUUUUGGAGGACAAUGAAGAAAGACACAGCUAGGUAAGGCUAUUCCAGCUGCCCGGGGGGUGCUAACUGAACCGACGCCGUGUGGGUACAGUGGAGGUCUAGCAAAGAUUGUGCUUGUUGCCUAGUCCAACACCAGCGGCUGUGCUAGGGUGGCACCAGGAGGGACUUUGGGAUGUGAGGUUGGCCCCAGUUGUGGUGAACUAGUGCAGCUGUGUGCACUUGGGCCCGAGGGCCCCGUGCCAAUGCAGAGAGGAAGAAAGGGGUGCAGCAUAAAGAGUGCAAAGCCCCCGCCCUGGCCGAGCCUGGUGCAAAACGCCUGCCUUCUGACUUCGCCUGGACAACAGAGCAGGACCUUCAGCUUAAGCCAUUUGUUUCAAAGACUAUUGCCCUGGAGAACAAGAGUGACGAUGGACUACUCUGUCUGAGGACAGCUCCUAAUUCCACUAAGCCGACUGUUGAUCGCACACACACACAGUUCAAAUACAGGCCAUCAAAGCUGGGGGUGGAAGUGGGUGGGUGCAUAGGUUGGAACGAGGAGUAACUCAGGAAAUUGUACUUGGAGUUGAAACCACCCUCUGUUCCUGGCAACAUUAAUGUGUUCAACCGUUCUCACUUCUGAGCUUGGUGUUAUGAAAUUCAGCAACAUGAUCAUCCCAAAGCA